AUGGUGCACUCAGAAGAAUAUAAAGCGAAGAGGCUCGCACGAAAACAAAGAUUUCAGCAACAAUCCAAGAAGAACAACGUUUUCAAGGCUCGUCGGCGCAACAACUUCUCAAAAAGACCACAUUUUCGUAAUGGCCCUCAAAAAGAAAAUACUCAUGACCAUCCAAAACAGGACAGUACUGCAUUGAGACAACGUGGAUUCUUCCAAGUUCUCCCAACUGACGAAAUUCCACAAGUUCCUCAAUGCUCACAUGGUCCAUGUCUUUUGUUUGAAAAGAAGAAUGGAUCAGAAGUCGAAGAAACGUUCUUUGCGUGUGCAAUUUACAGAAAUCAGACUGAAUUCUGUGAUUUUAAAUUACAAUUUAAUAGAGAAACGGGAGAAAUCGAGGUGAAAGAAGGCGAGGAUGCCGAGAAAAAGAAGAAGAAAAAGAAGAUUUUUGGAUAUAACCGCAUUCCGAAAGCUUUGACCGAAAUGAAGCCAAGUGACACAAUCUUGUACUGUAAAGAAUGCAUCAGUGUGUUCGCAAACAAGCAUGAAUGUGUCUGUGAGCCAAUUGAGGCUGAAGCUCUAGCCAGACCAACUAAUCUCCUCCCACCAGUUAGCGAACAACAUGGAGAGUCGCAAUUCUUCUUCUCUGAUGAGACACUCGGUGUCAUUGUGAAAGCUGUUGAAAAGUCGAAAGUUGAUGGGAUUCUGUGUAUCGGAGCUCCUAGAAUCUUCGAAACUAUCCGAGCCCUCCACCCUGAAAAGAAUGUGUUUUUACUCGAUUACGACAAGAGAUUUGCUAAAUUCUUCCCAUCAAAGCAAUAUGCUCAGUACAGUAUGCUCGUCGAUCAUUUCUUUGACAAGAAUGCCGAACCAAAACUAAUGGAAUUCUUCCAAAACAGCAAGAGCAUCCUUUUGAUCACCGAUCCACCAUUCGGAGUUUUCAUGGAACCACUUCUGAAAACCAUCGAAAAAAUGAAGAAGAGAUUUGAGUCAGCAGGAAAAGAUAUCACUUCAUUCUACUCUAUGAUCGUUCUGCCAAUUUACAUCCGCAAGUAUGUACUCCAUGACAACUUCUGGAUGUCGGACUACAGAGUGACAUAUGUUGGACAUAAACUCUAUCAAUAUCCGGAGAAAACUAUCGUACGAUUGUUUACCAACCUGCCAAAGGAAUGCAUUGAUCUAAAGAAAGUCAAUGGAUACAAAUUCUGUGAAAGUUGUGAUCGUUAUGUCACCGAAAAAAAUAUUCAUUGUGAACGUUGUGACUCGUGCACUUCUGUUGAACAAGGAAAAUGGAAUCAUUGCGAUCAGUGUGACAAAUGCGUUAAACCAAGAUAUGUUCAUUGUGCUGAAUGUGAGAGAUGUCAUCUGUACGGAAGAUGCAUCCAGAAAUAA